AUGGAAUAUUCCCAGACAAAGCUCUGUGUACAGACCUCAAAAGUGCUAAUACUGGGCAGCUCCAUGAGUAAGCUUAGAGUCUGUUCUCCCUCUUCUGUUUUCAUUGUCUUAAGGAAUUUCAAGGGUCACUCCAAGAUGAUCCCCCACCCAAAUGUCCAUUUCUCCAGAAGCAAGGGCAAUAGCUCUCUCCUCACUGAGAAGGACUUUGUAGCCUCUUCCCUCAGCCCAAAAUGUAGAGCUCCAAAGAAGUCACCUUUCCUAAAACAGAACCUGAGAAUAUUGUUACAAAACUGGUUUAAAAAGAAGCAGCAGCUUAUUUCUUUCCAGAAAUCGCUACUCCUUGUGAACUCUGCUUGA